AUGAUUAAAAUAAAGUAGACAGUAGAGAAUGUGAAAAUGAUAGGGAAAUCUGAGAACUGUUAACAAUUGUAGAAACUAAAUUUAAUAGAUAAAAAAAUAUUAGAGAAACAUACAGAGAGUUAGGAUAGAAAUUGGAUGAUAAUAAAAGAGGCUGAAGAAUAAAUAUUGAAUUGCAAAUUAUAAUAUUUAAAGGAAAGUGAGAUAAGAAAAGAAAACAAUAUAGAAAUUUUAAAUCACUUUAAAUAAAAUCUAAUUUAAAUGAAAUAGUAAAUGAUUAACAAAAUAGAUGAAAUAAUAUCAUUUAUAAAUAAUCAACUAACUCGUAUUUUAAAUAUAAAAAUUGAAAGAGAUGAUUAAUAUAAAGAAGGAAGCAAUUAGAAUUUAGAUUAUAUUGAAAAAAGUUAUAUAUAAUUGAGAUAAAUAUCAUUAAAUUUUGUGGAAAUAGAAACUCAUUUAUAAUAACAGUUAAAAACACUAGAUCUUUAGGAUUUUUUAAAAUAUCAAGAAAAAAUGUUAAGAAGUAUAAGAUGUGAAAAUUAAAUAAAUUUGAAAGAAGUUCUACCAUUUGGAAUAGAUUAAAUACAGAAAAAUAAUAAUUGGAUUUGUGAAAAACACAAAUUAUAAUUGAUGUUUGUUGAUUUAAAAUAAAUAAGUGUUGUUCCUAAUAGAAUAGCUUGUGCCUAUUGUAUUCCUGAAUAUUUAGUAUAGUUUACAAAUUUUGAUUAAUUUAAAUCAAUGUGGAAUUAAUAGAUUUCAUAUAUUUCAAAUUUUUAAAAUCUAUAAGAUAGAAAUGUUAAUAAUAGUAUUUAAAUGGCUCAUCAAUAGUUAAUAUAAUUAAAAGAUUAAUUUAAUUGUAUGAUUGAUGAAUCAAUAAUUUCAUUAAGGAGUCUUACUCUUAAUCAAAGUAAAAUAUUAGAAAGAUUGUUAUCAUUAAUUAAAAAAGAAUGGUAUUAAUAUUCAAAAGAAGAAAUCAUUUAUAUAGCCGAAAUACUCAGUCAAUAAAAUUUCUUAAAAGAGUUGAAUGAAUAAAUAGAAUCAGAAUAAAAAGCUAAAAUACAAUCUAUUUAAGAAAUACUAAAUGAAUUAUUUUUGAAUCUAUAAUAGAAAUUUAAUGAUUAAAAAUUAACUUAAUGUUCCGUUCCAAUAUAAGAAAAAAAUGGAAAAUAUUUAAAAAUAUCAUUUAAAAAAGAUAUUCCAUUUAAAAACUUAGAACAAGAUGAAAACAAAAAUAUCAAUGUUACAAUUAAACCAUUUAAAUAUGAACUUAUCAAAAAAAAUUCAUUUAAGGAUGAUAAAAUAUAUGCAAUUACAUUUAAUUAAGAUUCAUCUUUAGUAAUGACUGGAUAUUCUUUUGGAACUAUUAAAGUUUUUUAAUUUAAAAAUGGAUACAUGAAAUAAACCUAAGUAUUAUAAAAUCAUUAAGGUAUUGUUUGUUGUUUAUAAAUUUUAAAAAGUUGUUAAUAAUUUGUUUCAGGAGGAGAAGAUCAAACUAUUUUAAUAUGGUAAAUUAAUGAAAAUAAAGAAUGGAUUUGUUUAUAAAUCUUAUAGAGACAUACAGAUUAUAUUCGAUGUAUAAUUUCAAAUAGUAAUGAAGAUUUGAUUAUUUCAUGUGGAGAUGAUUAAACUAUUUAAUUCUGGAAUAAAGAUCUUUAAUGGAAUUGGUAAUAAAGAUUAUUAGGACAUAGAAAUAAAGUAGAAAGCAUAUCAUUAAAUGAAUCAAAUACUAAAUUAGUUUCUUGUGCUUAUAUGGACUUUACUAUUUUAGUUAGUGAAAAACUUUAAUAUGAUUCAGAAUGGAUUAUUAUUUAAACUAUUAAAGUUGAUAAUUGGGGUUAAGGCUUAUGUUUUAUGAAUGAUUUUUUAUUUUCUUACUAACCAUCACGAUCUGAAACCUUAUUUAUUUAUGAGCUUGAUAAAAUAACUAAUACUUUUAAUAAAACUAAAGAAGUUAGAAUUAAAUCAGGAUAUUAAUCUGAUUGUGUUUUUCCUUUACAAUUUAUCAAAAGUAAUUCUAUAAUCCUUAAUAAAACUGGUUGUUUUAUUAAUUUAAUUUCAUUUAAACAAAAUGGAGAAUUUGUUAAUGGAUAAUCUAUUAAAUAUUAAAAUCAGUAUAUUUAAGGAGCAUUGACAAAUGAUGGAUAAUAUUUAGUAACUUGGGAUGAAGGAACAAAAUAAGUAUAGAUUCGGAUUUAUAAACAUUGA